AUGGCGACUCUCUCCCGCCCUACACCCUCGCAGGCCACCGCCCUUUGGCCACCGUGGGGACGACGACUUGGCUCGCUUGAGGGGAUCAGCUACCAGUUGAAGUACUCGAAGCAUGCUUCAAGAUUGCAAGCAAGCUACAAGGGGCUUGAACCACUGUAUGAUGAUGGGUACCAGAAAGCUAAGGACCUAGAUUAUUACUACCAGGCGCUUGGCGAGCUGGUGGAGCAUGACAGUGGGCCGGCGCGCUGGUUCUGCCCCAUCGACGCUGGCUCUCCAAUCGAGGGUGCUCCAUUGAUGCUGUAUUUACCAGGAGUAGAUGGAAUGGGGAUGGGGCUCUUCAUGCAUCACAAGGCUCUUGGAAGGAUUUUUGAACUUAGAUGCAUGCACAUUCCUUUUCAUGACCGCAUGCCAUUCGAAGAACUUGUUACAAUGGUAGAAGACGCUGUGACAAAAGAGCAUGCCACUUCUCCUAAUAAGCCCAUCUAUCUAUUGGGAAAUUCUUUUGGAGGAUGCUUAGCACUGUCUGUGGCUGCUCGUAAUCCUCACAUUGAUUUGAUUUUGGUACUCGUUAAUCCAGCAACAUCAUUUGAGAACUCAGACAUACAACAGCUUCUAUCAGUUUUCAGCCCGUUUUCAGACCAUGCCUGUAUGGCAAUUACAGCCCUAUUGAACUACAACAUUGACAAUGAAGUGGACAUGGCAGUGAGUAGCAUGAUAAAUGGGAAGCAUCCUUUGGAAGCAAUAAACAGAUUGACAAAUAACAUGUCAUCUUUCCUGAAGCAUUCGAACAUUCUGGAAAAAAUACCAGAGGACAUCCUGAGGUGGAAAAUGAAGCUGAUCAAACAGGCUGCCUCUUAUGCGAACUAUCGCCUACAAUCAGUUCAGGCUGAAGUACUACUGUUAAUCAGCUGUGCUGACAGGUUACUUCCGAGCAAAGCUGAAGCAAACAGGCUACAGAAGUUGUUACCUAAAUGCAAAAUCUACUUCUUCGAGAACCAUGGGCACAGCUUACUGCUGGAGUACGGCGUUCAUGUCUCAUCCAUAAUCAAGUGCGCCGAUCUCUACCGCCAUUCGAGGUGUUACCACCGGGUUUUCGACUUCAUCCCUCCAUCCGCAACCGAAUUAAAAGAAGUAGACAAAGCUAGCUGCGAUCUCAGGUUCAGAACCUGCCCGGUGAUGUACUCCACGAUGGAGGACGGCACGGUGGUUCGGGGCCUGGCCGGAGUCCCGGACCACGGCCCGGUAUUGCUCGUCGGCAACCACAUGCUGCUGGGCAUCGAGCUGAUCUCGCUGGCCGCGGAGUUCCUGCGCCGGAAGCAGGUCGUCGUCCGCGGCAUCGCGCACCCGCUUCUGUUCCCGAACAAGACGCGGGCGUGGUCGGAGGGCCACGACUUCUUCGACUUCCUCAACCUUUGGGGCGGCGUGCCCUUGAAGUACAGGUACAUCUACGAGCUGCUGGCCGCCGGUGAGUUCUUGCUCCUGUACCCCGGCGGCCACCGGGAGGCGCUGCACUGCAAGGGUGAAGAGCACAGGUUGUUCUGGCCAGCCCAGACCGAAUUUGUCAGGAUGGCGGCACAGUUUAACGCCACGAUUGUGCCUUUUGGAGUCGUUGGAGAGGAUGAUCUACUAGAAAUCCUUUGCACGUUCGACGAUAUCAGGAAUGCACCCUUUGGCAAAGAACUGAUGCAGGCGUAUAGCAACCAUCUAAAGCUAAGGGAAGUUGAUCAUGAGGUGUUCUUCCCUGGUCUAUAUCUGAAAAUGCCGGGCCGGUUCUACUACCGAUUCGGGAAGCCGAUACCGACGAGGGGAAGGCAGGACGUCCUGACUGAUAGGCAGGCUGCGAGUGAUCUCUACUUGCAUGUUAAAUCGGAGGUCGAGGGUAUAAUCUCGUACUUGCUGGAGAAGAGGGUGGAGGACAAGUACAGGAGUCUCAUCUCGAGGAUGCUGUACCAGGCCGCUCGAGGACCAAACUGUGAAGUUCCGGCCUUUGAUCCCUGA